AUGUUUGCUCUCGGGAAGUACCAUGAUAAGAUGCUCGACGCAUCAAUGCAACGGAAACAGUUUAACAUGACAGAGGAGUCGGAGGCCAAUACGAGUAAACGUGUCAAGACAGAUGAUGGAAAUAUGCUUUGCUCCACCACUACCCAUUUCGUGAACUGGGGAUACAUAUCCCUGGGGUGCCCAGCUCCUCCGGAGCUCUCCCCCACUCUCCAGAGCCGUGCAAUGCCGUCAAAGAAUCAUACUCGGUGCUUGGGGAUGCCAGUAAAUAUCGAGAAACCCGUUCCGGCGAUGCACACAAAUUUCUGCGGUAACAGCGACUGGAGUUUCCGGGCUUUGUCGGCAUCCUGAGGCGCCUGGCGAUAUGGGAUUUGGCACCGAGAAUUGUGUCCAGUCGGCGGUAUAUUCGGCCUGGCCUUAUAUGUCGUUCUUGGAUCCCAAUAGGUUUUUGAUCUCUCGGUCUAUGCUAUGA